GCCCCGCAGCCAGAGGGACGCGCUCCCUUCCGCUCGCACCCGCCUCCCGCCGCACGGCUCCGCUCGCCCUCCUCGCCCGCCCGCCGUUCGGCUCGCUCGGAAGCAGCGGCCAUGUCUCGGCAGUCUGUCUGCAGAAGCUUUGGAGGAGGGAGCCGAAGGGGCUACAGCUCUUGCUCGGCCAUCGCUGGUGGCUUUGGAGGAGGUGGCGGCCGGAGCAGGAGCAGCUACAGCUCGUUCUCUGUGUCCCGGGGAUUCGGAGGUGGUGGACGCUGUGGAGGGUUUACCAGCAAGAGUCUCCAUAACCUGGGUGGCAGUGCAAGGAUUUCCAUGGGUGGAUGUUAUGGCGGUGGAGGAUACGGAGGCAGGAUGGUUGGCUUUGGUGGAGGCUACGGAGGCGGAUUGGGCAGCUUUGGUGGAGGAAUGGGCGGAGGAGGAAUGGGCGGCUUUGGAGGAAUGGGUGGUGGUGGAGGCAUGGGUGGCUUUGGUGGAGGAAUGGGUGGUUACGGUGGAGGAAUGGGUGGUUACGGUGGAGGAAUGGGUGGUUAUGGUGGAGGAAUGGGCGGCUUCGGUGGCCCAGGCUUUGGUGGCCCUGGUAGAGGUGGCCCUGGAAUCCAACCGGUGCAGGUUGACCACACGCUCCUACAGCCGGUCCAUGUUGAGAUCGACCCCCAGAUCCAGCAAGUCAAAAACCAGGAGAAGGAGCAGAUCAAGACUCUUAACAACCAAUUUGCCUCCUUCAUCGACAAGGUCCGGUUCCUGGAGCAGCAGAACAAGGUCCUGGCCACCAAGUGGGAGCUGCUGCAGCAGCAAGGGCCCGCGGGGCCCAGGAAGAACCUGGACGCCAUCUUCGAGAACUACAUCCAGAACCUGCGGCGGCAGCUGGACGCCAUCCUGUCGCAGCGGGGCCAGCUGGAGUCGGAGCUGCAGAACAUGCAGCAGUACGUCGAGGACUACAAAACCAAGUAUGAGGAAGAGAUCAACAGGCGCACGACGGCUGAGAACGAGUUCGUGGUGCUCAAGAAGGACGUGGACUCUGCCUACAUGACUAAAGUAGAGCUGGAAGCCAGGGUGGGAGCUCUGACCGAUGAAAUCAACUUCUUGAAGUGCAUGUACGAGGAGGAGCUGGCUCAGAUGCAGACGAUCAGCCGGGACCUGUCGGUGGUGGUGUCCAUGGACAACAACCGCCACCUGGACCUGGACAGCAUCAUCGAGGACGUGAGGCGGCAGUACGAGCAGAUCGCGCAGAGCAGCCGGGCCGAGGCCGAGGCGUGGUACCAGAGCCAGUACGAACAGCUGCAGAGCACCGCUGGGAGGCAUGGGGACAACCUCCGCAACACCAAGAUCGAGAUCCAAGAGCUCACCAGGAACGUCCAGAGGCUGCGGGCGGAGAUCGAGAACGCGAAGAAGCAGAACCAGCAUCUGCAGUCGGCGAUUGCCGAGGCCGAGGAGCGGGGCGAGAUGGCCCUCAAGGAUGCCAGGAUAAAACUGGAGGAGCUGGAAGGUGCCCUGAGCAAAGACAAGGAGGAGCUGGCUCGCCUGCUGAAGGAGUACCAGGAGCUGCUGAACAUCAAGAUCGCGCUGGACGUGGAGAUCGCCAUGUACAGGAAGCUGCUGGAGGGAGAGGAGAACAGGCUGUGCAACGAUGGCAUGUCCAACGUCAAUGUCUCCGUGGUAGGCAGGACCACCAUCACUGGAGGCAGAGGAGGCAUGGGAGGAGGAUUCGGAGGCGGCAGCGGCAUGGGAGGAGGAUUCGGAGGCGGCAGCGGCAUGGGAGGAGGAUUUGGAGGCGGCAGCGGCAUGGGAGGAGGAAUGGGAGGAGGAGUGUGUGGAGGAGGAGGAAGCUUUGGAGUGGGAAGCAUGGGCAGCAGCGGUGGAAUGGGAGGAGGAAUGUUCAGCGGUGGCUUCUCUUCCGGAAGCGGGAGGAUGUGCGGCUCUGGAGGUGGCUUCAGCUCCGGGGGGGGAUCAUCCUCUGUACGGAGAUGUGUCACGACCACCUCUGUCAAAUCUUCGGGAGUGAGAUUCUGAGCCCCAGGCCCAGGUUGAAAGCAGAAAGAAGCGUCUCCCAUCUCCUUCCGGCAGCAGCCCAGCCUCCUUAAACCCAGCUCCGGUGUCCCGCAAUGCAAUGAACUGUGUCCCCCACGGCGCACCACGUACCGGCUCAUCUGCCUGGCCCGGUGCCACCAGGGGGGUCUGCUGGCAAUGCCACGUCCCAUUAGCAGCCCUGGCGAGCUGCUCGUUAGUCCCAGGCCCAGGGAUGAAAUCACCAUCUGAGCGAAGCACAGUCUCCCUCGUGGACGCCGUCACGGGGAGCUGGUUUGCAGGAGGGCACCGCUCUGCCUUUCUCGCUGCGUUGUACAUUUCUGGCUGCCCAAGGCAAAUGUGUAUAAAGCGCCUGUGUCCCCCUCUGUCCUCGUGUCCCCAGCACCCUCCCUCUUCUGUUAGAUGUUGCCAUUCUCAAUAAAUUGCAGAGAACAUUC